AUCUGAGAGAGUUGUAUUUCUUCAUUAUUUCUGCAAUUAACCAGUCAAGUUACGAGAUGGCCAACUUCAACCCCUUCGCUCGACGCGAAUCUCACCACCGCAACACUCUGAUCGCCUACCAGGUGCUAUCAGUUCUGUCGUGGGCUCUAGUCCUUGUUGCUGGCAUUUACUAUUCCCUCCAUAAACCCGAUGAUGUGAAACAUGGACACAACAUCUGGAAACAAGCAAACAGGCAUCCGACGCCCUUCUCGCAAAACACCACCAUCACCGGGAUUUACUGGAUCCUACUGCUACUCUCUCAAGUCAGCUAUGUCUGGCACUUCUUCUCCAACAACGGCACCCUAGUCACCAGCGCGGCCAAUGUAGCCUCUCACUUCAUCCUCAACAAUCUCCUAGUCUUUGCAUUCAUCAUGCUCUGGGUCCGUAAUUACUUCUGGCCAGCUGAAAUAAUCCUCAUUAUCCAUGUCAUUAGCCAGUCUUCAGCAUACUGGACUCACCGCGGCUCUCCGCCUUUUGUGCAUUGGCCUGCUAUUGCCGGGCCCUAUGCAUGGUCCCUUACGGCCCUGUUCUGGAAUGGAGCUGUUGCCGUUCAUGCUCAUAACCUGCCUUCGAGGAUCGUGGCCAACAUCUUCAUCUGGGUCAUUUUCUUGAUUGGAUUCGUUCACAUUUUCACGGCCAAGGAUUAUAUUUUUGGUUACUCCUUGUCUAUUCUGACUUUGUGUAAGUCAUCUCUCAAUCUCCCAAGUUUUGAUUCUGUUUACUAAUUGGACAGCCCUCGCCGUCGAACAACUCGCCAUCAAGAUCAUUGCCCUGCAAUGGAUCUUCGCCUUUGUCAUCUUCGCUGUCUUCUUUGUUGGUUCGUUGUACGUCUCUUCCGCAGCUUAUACCGGACGAGACCUCUGGCUCAAGCGUGUUGUUGCGCCUGACUCGACGACUGAUCGUGAACGUGAGCCAUUGCUCAACAAUCCUUAAAACGCCGUAUGAGCGACUUAUUAGUUAGGAAUUCCGCCUGUCAAUUUCUCCCAGGAGGAUACUCCCAGCUCAGAACUCAACUACUUAUUUAUCUCCACUCCACUAUGCAGCAACCAGAAUGGAUCCAAUGCUUAUACUGCCUGGUUGAUUUUUGCACGCAUUUAGCAUUCAGGCUGGACUCUUGUCUUUAACCGGCCCGGUAUAAUUUGUCUAUUCUUCAUUGGCGUAGGCUAUGUGCCACAUGUUACUAAUGCUUCAUGUCCCUAUCAGUAUGAUUAUGUAUGUUUCCAGACUGUAGUGGUUUUUUCCAAUACACGAAAAUAAUCUAUAUAUCUAUAGUA